CCAUGGCUCCCAAAGGCGGCUCCAAGCAGCAGUCCGAGGAGGACCUGCUCCUGCAGGAUUUCAGCCAUAACCUCUUGGCCAAGUCCUUGGUGCUCUUCUUUGGGAAUGCCUUCAUCACGUCCGCCUUCCCCAUCUGGCUAUACUGGCGAAUAUGGCAUAUGGAUCUUAUUCAGCCUGCUGUUCUGUAUAGUGUGAUGACCCUAGUAAGCACUUAUUUGGUAGCCUUUGCAUACAAAAAUGUGAGAUUUGUUCUCAAGCACAAAGUAGCACAGAAGAGGGAGGUUGCUGUUUCCAAAGAAGUGACUCGAAAACUUUCUGAAGCUGGUAAUAGAAAGAUAUCUCGGAAGCAAAAAGAUGAAAGAAUCUUGUGGAAGAAGAAUGAAGCUGCUGAUUAUGAAGCUACAACAUUUUCCAUCUUCUAUAAUAAUAACACCCUAUUUCUGGUCUUGGUCAUUGUGGCUUCCUUCUUUAUAUUGAAGAACUUCAACCCCACAGUGAACUACAUUUUGUCCAUACGUGCUUCCUCGGGCCUCAUCGCCCUCCUGUCUUCUGGCUCCAAGUAGACCACAUCAGCUU